CCCAUCUUCCAGAGACAUCUACAGAUUGAAGAGAGAAGAGAGAAGAGAGAAGAGAAUUCGCCGUCUGAUCUCUACGCCGCCGUCGACCAUCAAGAUGUCAUACUCGAGGAGAUCAAGCUGCAGAUCCCCUUCACCUUACAACAAGCGCUACAGUAGGUCUUUCUCGAGGUCUCCAAUUCCAUCAAGGAGUAGGUCAAGGAGCUACGAUUCCAGCGAUGCUGAGAAUCCAGGAAAUAAUCUGUAUGUCACCGGACUUUCGGCACGUGUGACAAAGAGAGACUUGGAAAAGCAUUUCUCAACUGAAGGGAAGGUUGAAGACGUCCACCUCGUUGUUGAUCCGCGGACGAGAGAAUCGCGUGGUUUUGGUUUCGUGACGAUGUCUUCUUUGAAGGAGGCCGAACGCUGCAUCAAAUACUUGGACAGAUCUGUCCUUGAAGGCAGGGUUAUAUCUGUGGAGAAGGCUAGACGACGGAGGGGACGAACACCUACUCCGGGAAGGUAUCUUGGGCUUAAAACAGUCCAUGAGCGGCGUCGUUCUCCUAGCUACUCGCCUUAUUCUAGAAGCCGUUCGCCUUGCUAUUCGUCUGAAGGGGAUAGGAGUCGCAGCAGAUCAUACUCUCCCUGCUACCGCCGACGCCGCAGAUCAUACUCUCCCUAUUACCGCCGACGCCGCAGAUCAUACUCAGUUGGGAGGUCGAACUCUCCAUCGUAUUACAGGCCCAGGAGGUCAUCGUAUUCCCGUUCCCGGUCUCCAUCUUAUAGCAGAUCUCCUGUAAGCAGGCGGGACCGUUCCUACUCCCCUUACCAUAGGGACUACUCGCCCGACAGCCCUUAUUACAGAAGGCGCUACAGAGAUUACUCUCCUGAGGAUCGAUACUACAGAAGGAGCCGAUACCGGAGCAUAUCACCUAGGUAUCGCCGGUCUAGCAGGAGGAGUUACUCGCUCAGCCUUACCCCGAGGAGCUACUCUAGAAGUGUGUCGCCAACUCCAACGAGGGAUGUGUCUCCGAGUUCGAUGAAGUGCUUGAAGAGGAGUCGCUCACCACGCAAACGUGCGCCUUCACGCACGUCAAGAAGCCAUUCUAGGAGUCCUAGUGCAUCUUUGUCCUCCCCCACGGCAUCCAGAUCUGUUAGUCCUAGGCGUUAGUUCCUUAUUUAGACUGACGGUUGGAUUAUGAUGUGCCUAUGUUGUCUGUAUGUUACUUUUCUGGAGCCUGAUAAUGCGAGACGGUUCUCUGUUGCGUUUCCUUCUAAUGAUUUGAUUUUACAUGUAGCUUAAUAAUAGUGUGACAUUGGCUUUA